GUGUAGAGAGUUGUCUGGCAACAUUGGCUAAAGACGCGAAAAGUAAAUUAAACUAAAUUAACUUAAUUUUAACAAUGGAUUACGAUUUUAAAAUGAAAACACAAAUGGAGCGAACCAAGGUGGAGGACCUAUUUAACUAUGAAGGUUGCAAAGUGGGACGAGGCACCUACGGACAUGUGUACAAAGCAAAGUGGAAGGAGACAAGCGAUGGCAAGGAAUAUGCUCUUAAACAGAUCGAUGGCACUGGCCUCUCCAUGUCCGCAUGCCGUGAAAUCGCUCUACUCAGGGAGCUGAAGCAUCAGAAUGUCAUUACGCUGAUUCGCGUCUUUCUCUCGCACAACGAUCGCAAAGUGUUCCUGCUUAUAGAUUAUGCAGAGCAUGAUCUGUGGCAUAUUAUCAAGUUCCAUCGGGCAGCUAAGGCCACCAAGAAACAGGUGGUGGUGCCGCGGGGAAUGGUUAAGAGUCUAUUGUAUCAGAUACUUGAUGGCAUUCAUUAUUUGCACAGCAAUUGGGUAUUACAUCGUGAUUUAAAGCCGGCCAAUAUUUUGGUAAUGGGCGAUGGUAAUGAAAGGGGGCGUGUCAAAAUUGCUGAUAUGGGUUUCGCUCGUCUGUUUAAUGCACCAUUAAAACCGCUGGCCGAUCUGGAUCCAGUGGUGGUUACGUUUUGGUAUCGUGCACCAGAAUUGCUGCUGGGGGCGCGACAUUACACAAAAGCCAUUGAUAUAUGGGCAAUUGGUUGCAUUUUUGCCGAACUACUAACAUCAGAGCCAAUAUUCCAUUGCCGGCAGGAGGACAUUAAGACUAGCAAUCCGUAUCAUCAUGAUCAGCUGGAUCGUAUAUUCAAUGUGAUGGGCUUUCCACAGGACAAAGAUUGGGAGGACAUCAAGAAAAUGCCGGAACAUCACACACUCACCAAGGACUUUAAGCGUUCUACCUAUUCGACUUGUUCGCUGGCCAAAUAUAUGGAACGUCAUAAGAUUAAACCCGACAGCAAAGCAUUCCAUUUACUUCAAAAACUAUUGCUAAUGGAUCCCAAUAAACGCAUAACCUCCGAGCAAGCCAUGCAGGAUCAAUACUUUCAGGAAGAGCCACUGCCGACCCAGGAUGUGUUUGCCGGUUGUCCUAUACCUUAUCCGAAGCGUGAAUUUCUUACCGAUGAUGAUCAGGAAGAUAAGUCGGAUAAUAAACGUCAACAGCAGCAGCAACAGCAGCAACAACAACAGCAGCAGCAACAGCAGCAACAACAACAGCAGCAACAACAGCAACAGCAGCAGCAACAACAACAAAUGAAUCCAAACGAACCAAAUGCCAAACGUGUUCGUCUCUCCGGUGCAGGCAAUCAACAGGAUUUCCAUCACCAGCAACAGCAGCAACAACAACAACAGCAGCAACAACAACAGCAGCAGCAACAAAUGAUGUUCAAUCAGCAACAAAAUUUCCAGCAACGUUUCAACUAAGCCACACAGAGAGACUGAUUUUAUCCAGGUUUUUUUUUUUUUGUUCAUCAUCUUCUUUUCUAAGUUAACUAAUUUAAUAACAUUUU